CUAUAAAAAACAAGCAAUUAAACACAGUUGCUGCAAAGGAAGUUCCUCUAAUUUUACGCACACACUAGCUCCUAUAAUGGCAAAUAAACUCAGGUUGGAGGGCAAAGUGGCUGUAAUAACAGGUGCUGCAAGUGGCAUCGGUGAAGCAAGUGCAAGAUUGUUCGUAGAACAUGGUGCUCGUGUGGUCAUUGCUGACAUUCAAGACGAACUUGGUCUCCAAAUAGCAGCAUCCAUCGGAACAGACAAGGCCAGCUACAUCCACUGCGAUGUCACUGACGAGAAACAAGUUGAAGAAGCCGUGGCCUACGCGGUCGAAAAGUAUGGCACUCUGGACAUCAUGUUCAGUAAUGUCGGGACGCUGCAUUUCAGCAGCGUCCUCGACUUAGACGUGAAGGCGUUCGAUGAGACGAUGGUCAUCAACGCCCGAGGAUCCGCAGUAGCCGUCAAGCACGCGGCUCGAGUCAUGGUUGAAAAGAAAAUCCGCGGUUCCAUUAUCUGUACCGCGAGCUUAGAGGGUAUCUUAGCUGGGGCCGCUUCAUUGGCCUAUGUAUCGUCCAAGCACGCGGUCGUAGGCCUUGUGAAAGCGGCCGCACGUGAGCUAGGGGUGCAUGGGAUAAGGGUGAAUGGGGUGUCGCCUUAUGGCAUUGCGACACCCCUGGUAUGCAAAGCCUACGGCUUGGACGCGGGACCUCUUGAAACAGCAAUAUAUGGAAAUGCUCACUUGAAAGGUGUUACGUUGAGCACGAUGCAUGUAGCACAAGCAGCACUUUUCUUGGCGUCUGAUGAAUCUGCUUAUAUAAGUGGUCAAAAUUUGGCUGUGGAUGGUGGCCUUAGUUCUAUUUUGAAGCUUGAAUAGAUCCACCAUCUCUUGUUAGUGUACUCUGUCAUCUGUCAUCUUGUAUUAAUAAAUGCUAAUUACUUGAAGGCUGAAGCAUAGCAAAUUGAAUUUGUUUAGGUCAA